GGUGGAGGGGGCGGUGGUGGGUGGAUCAGCGGAGGCCCUUUGUUCACCAGCAUCGCUGCGGUGGGUGUCGUCGAGGACGACGCGGCCACACGCGCCGCCGCUUCCGUGGCUUGCGUCCGCUUGACCGCAUUCAGGCCGUCGCCGAACUCGGUCACCUGACUGCUCAAAUGCUGAACCUCGAUCGACAGCGACGAGAAAUUGGUCAGCAACUCUUCCAGCGUCUUCUGGAUUCCUUCCAUGGCCUGGAGCACAAACUUAGUCUGCGCGGACGGAGUGGAUGACGACGACGUCGCUGCCGCCCCAAAUCAAACCUACCCCGCUCAGGAUUUCGCGUCGGAUCGCCGAAGCAAUCCAACACCUUUCGCGGUGGAUGUUACGGCCGGAUCAAGGGAUUGAAGCGCGGCGGCGGAUCGUAACCAGUCUCUGAUACCAAGUUGUAACGACCCUGCCGGAUCGAAGCAAGGGAGGAAGGGGAUCGGGAGGAAUCAGAUGAGCUUGAGGGAGAAGAAAGAGCAGGUGAAAGCUGGAAGAAGAGGAACGAUACAGGAUUCAGAAUAUUUGAUUACAAUCGCUGCCUGGCCUCUGGCCGCACACCAGCUUAUAUCUCUCUUGGUGGCCUAGUGCCCCACAUGCCAUACACACACACCUACACAGAGACUAGUCUUCCCUCACUGGUUGUGGCCCCUUUUGUUCUCCUCAGGUCGUCGCACCAGCAGUGCCUCACUGUCCGCCUUCUCCACUGUUGUGGCAGCAGGGGAGGAGGGUGUGACAAUUACUUUGUCUUCACCGUGGGAUCGGACCAGCCAAGACGCAUCCAAUGGCCGACAGCUUCAGAAGACGGGCGUCCCGCUGCCCAGUCCCACCGUCCACCGAUCCAUCAUCGUGCUAGCCUGCACUGGUCAAUGGGCGGUAGCAUAACGGUAUUUGACACGAUAGCCGAGACGUUCCGGCAGAUAAGCCGCCCGGCUCAGUUGGGCGAGUGUGUAUCAUUGUUAGAUACGGGCGGCGACCUUGCUAUGUACGGCAGCACCGACCCUGACUACGUCACUGUGGAUGUCUGGGUGUUGCAGGACUAUGAUGCACAGACCUGGGGGUUCCGAUACCGGAUUAACUUGUUAGUGAUGGAGGCAUCUCCGCCGCUUAAGUUGUGGAAAUCUAUCCCUUGGCUGGUUGUGAUCAACGAGCACGAGCUGUUGAUGGCGCAGCGUCCUCGCCGUUUGCUGCAUUGUGACAUCGAUGGUGUGAUUUUAGGGAAUGUAGAAAGUGAAGAGCAUGAGAACCGCUUGACACUUUCUAGGCACCGCUUCCAAGAGAGCAUGAUUUCAGUCCCCUUGUUUGAGGCCCAAGAAGAAGAUGUUGUGAGCAACGAGCCUCGUCCAUUCGUUAUGGUGCUAUAAGAUGACAUGCUCCGUCUUAAUGCUUUGGACUAGUAGUUUGUUGUGUUCUUGCUUGGUACUCCCUCCGUUCCUAAAUAAUUGUCUUUCUAGAUAUUUCAACAAGUGACUACAUACGGAGCAAAAUGAGUGAAUCUACACUCUAAAAUAUGUCUAUAUACAUCCGUAUGUGGUUGUCCAUUUGAAAACUCUAGAAAGACAAAUAUUUAGGAACGGAGGAAGUAGUAUCUAUCCUGUAUCUGUAUGAACCUUGCAUUCUGUUCUAGUAUGUUCUUACUUUUUAGUACUACUAGUAGAACCGAACACUUUGUAUUUCUGAAAUAGUACUUGUACUAUCAUCGCUUCGGGCUUGUCAUGCUAUCUUGAACGUCGUGUUAAUGUAUUUUAUGAACAAUGGUGUAUCUAUUGCUAGAUAGAGAACUGUUGCACUGUUCUGGUCAGUUCAAUUUCAAUUUGCAUUGUUAAAAGUCAUGAAAGGCGUGGUUGCAGCGUAGUUGCUGAAAUGGUUACUUUAGGUACUCCCUUAUGUAGCUGAAUAUUUUGAUCUUCCAUGCUCAGUGCACACAUUGGUCCUACUGAUUUUGCUGUGCUCAUGGAGUAUCUAUCCUGUAUGAACCUUGCUUUCUGUUCUAUGGUCAUCCUUUUUAGCACUGCUAGUAGAACUGAACACUUGGUAUGUCUGAAGUAGCUCCUUCCUGCUAUCAUCACUUGGUGCCUGUUAUGCUAUCUUGAGCAUUAUGUUAAUGUUU